CUCCUUUUUCUUUUUCUUCUUUUUCUUUUUCUUUUUCUUUUUCUUUUUCUUUUUCUUUCUCUUCUUCCAUCGCACCACCCUUCCCUGAACACACCCCAGCCUCCAACCACCAUCACGCCACCGUGAAUCACCACCGAAACUAGACCACCACCUUCCUCCUCUUAUCGGCUAUCAUCAUCAUCACGAAAGCGCCGUCCAGACCCGACACCGGCGACCUCACCACAGCCACCCUUCUUCUUUUUCUUCCCCUAACCGAACCACCACUCCCGGUGCCAUCAAAGCUGCCGGCACUACCUCUAGCAACGGCUGUCUCCACCACCGCCGCGGCCUCCACUAGCAGCGGCUGUCACUGCCACUGCAACUCCACCUCACCCCUGCUUCCCCUGUUUCUGCAUUUUCCUUUCCCUGUUCUUAAAACAGUGUCUUGUAUUUUUUGCGAGAUCUAUCUUCUGAUUCACUUCUUGCCUGCUGAAGUUUAUAUUAUUUGAAGCGUCCCUGUCGUUGCCAUCAUCUCCAAUUGUGCCCGAGGGUUCUUCUCAUUGUCAUGCUCCUCCUCGGCUUCCGGUGGCACCGUCUCCUUAUUCUGGGUUGCUGCAAGCUCCACGUCGGACCUUUCCUGCUGCAUCCUCAGCAGCGGCGCUGCUGAAACCGUUGCACUCUCCAUUUGCACCGCUGCGAGCUAUGGAGUCCUCGUGGUCUUGGCCACUGUCUUCCCCAUUUGCCAUCAGCCUUCUCCCCUCCCUGUGCAAUUUGUGAUGCGCCUUCGUUCCACCAAAACACUAACUGCUCUCCCUUUUGGAUGCUUCUCUGCCAGCAAUUACGCGAAGAUCCAUAGGUAAAUUCCAGCUCCAUGAUUUUUCCAAGUUGUUUAGAAAUGCUUGUUUGGCUAUUUGAUGAGUAUCCAAGUGAAACCGCAAUUGGGUAUCCAUCCUGCUAGUUCUUCAACACUAUUCCACGUUUGCAACCAAAAGCAAACGAUGCUGAGUAUCAUCAAAUCACGCCCCCUUAACCCCAUGUCUCGCUUCAUCUCUCUCCUCACAACCGCCACCACUACACCACCGUCGUUCUCCACCUCACCAUCCAAAACCCCACUCCAGAACCAAUUCGAGACAUGGAUAAACCAUCUCAAACCGGGCUUCACCCCUUUCGACGUCCACUGGGCCCUUCAGGCCCAAUUAGACCCAGACCUCUCCCUCGACGUCUUCCGCUGGACCGCCCAACAGCGCAACUACACCCACACUCACCUCACCUACCUCACCGUCAUCAAACAACUCAUCGCCAGCCGCCGCUACCGCCAAGCUGAAACUCUAAUCCACGAGGUCAUCGCCGGUGCCUGCGAGCCCUCCGUCGAGCUCUACAAUGCUGUCAUCCGGUUCUGCUGCGGCCGCAAGUUCCUCUUCAGCCUCGCCUUUGACGUCUAUAAGAAGAUGCUCAAGUCAGAGGAUUCCAAACCCACUCUCGAAACAUAUUCCCUUUUGUUCAAUUCACUUCUUAGAAGGUUCAAUAAGCUCAAUGUUUGUUACGUUUACUUGCAUUCUGUGAGGUCCAUGACUAAGCAAAUGAAGGCCAAUAGUGUUAUUCCUGAUACUUUUGUCCUCAACAUGAUAAUUAAAGCUUAUUCCAAGUGUUUGGAGCUGGAUGAAGCCAUUAAGGUUUUUCGCGAAAUGGGCUUGUAUGGCUGUGAGCCGAAUGCUUAUAGUUAUGGAUAUAUUGCAAAAGGUUUGUGUGAGAAGGGUAGGGUGAAUCAGGGAUUUAAGUUCUUGCAGGAGAUGAGGGGUAAGAGUUUUGUGCCAAGUGCGAGUACUUAUGUUAAACUUGUAAUCAUUUGCAGUCUUUCCAUGAAUCGGAGGUUUGAGGAUGCCAUCGAGGUUCUGUUUGAUAUGUUGGAGAACUCUAAGUCUCCUGAUCACUUGACUUAUAAGACUGUCCUGGAGGGAUUGUGUCGCGAGGGGAGAGCCGACGAGGCUUUUGAUCUGCUUGAUGAGUGCAGGAAGAGGGAUGUUAACAUGAAUGAAAAGAUGUAUAAGGCUUUGUUGAGAGAAUUGCACUAUAUUUGCAGGGAGGGGGAGUAGAUUCUGUGCUUGCUGUUCCUUUAGUCUCGAUAAGCAUAAGUUGUCGAAUUCAGUUGUUAUAGGGAGUGGUAGAACUUGGCGUGGUAUCAAGAAAGAAUGAAUUUAUUUUUGAGUGAAUAUUAUUCCUGUA